CGCGCAAUCAGCAGUCAUGGCCCCCGUCCCCCGCGUUUACUCCAAGACCUACAAGGUCCCUCGUCGUCCUUUCGAGUCGGCUCGUCUUGACUCGGAACUGAAGGUUGUCGGCGAGUACGGCCUGCGCAACAAGCGUGAGGUAUGGCGUGUCCAGCUCACCCUGUCCAAGAUCCGUCGUGCUGCUCGUGAGCUCCUCACCCUCGACGAGAAGGACCCCAAGCGUCUUUUCGAAGGUAACGCUUUGAUUCGCCGUCUGGUCCGCAUCGGUGUCCUCGAUGAGUCUCGCAUGAAGCUCGAUUACGUCCUGGCCCUCCGCGUUGAGGACUUCUUGGAGCGUCGUCUUCAGACCUGCGUCUACAAGCUUGGCCUCGCCAAGUCUAUCCACCACGCCCGUGUCCUGAUCAAGCAGCGCCACAUCCGUGUCGGCAAGCAGAUCGUCAACGUUCCCUCCUACAUGGUCCGCCUCGACUCCCAGAAGCACAUUGACUUCGCUCUCACCUCCCCCUACGGUGGUGGCCGCCCUGGCCGUGUCCAGCGCAAGAAGGCCGCUGCUGCCGCCGGCGGUGCCGGUGAUGAGGAGGAAGAGGAGGAGUAGACGACCAAAAAUUGGAGUAUGGACGGGUCUCGUUAGCGGAAUUUAAACUGCGGGGUUCCUUUAUGGCUGCAGUAUUGCGUAUAAUGUUGUACGGUCUGGCAAUGCCAUGAAUGAACAAACAACCUUCGGCUCACUCUCAAGGCCUC